GACAUAGUUCAUUUCUUUGCCAUCAUCUACGUUGUCAUUAACGAAUGAUCUCUACUCAUCUCUUCUCUGUGUAAUCAGCAUUUUCGCAAGGGAAAUUCUGCUGAAAGCCUUGUAUUUGUGUAUCGUGAUCAUGUAUUAGUUUGUGGUGAUCAAAGAGACGACUCAUUUUGGAUGGAAAUCCUAGAAAAGGGAUAUCUGACUGUUCAUGCACGGUCGGCGGAUCAAAAAUAGCAGAAGCGGAUUGAUUUGGGAAGGAAAGUUGGAGGAAAAUGUGGAUUGAUUUGUGUUCGUUGCCAAGAUUAGCAAAUUUGACCAUGUCAAAUUAGGUAAAGCACAAGGAGAAGAAGAAGGUCAGAAGAAUAUUUCCCGAGUCUUCAGAGCGACUAGAGAUAGGCUGGUCCUUUCCGGGCGCAAGGUUCGAGAUUUUCUCGUCUAGUUGGAACAAUCUCCAAUUGGCCUCGAAUCGGAUGCCUCUUCUUCCUGCGAAUCACAUCCACGAUCCAUCCUUAUGAACAACAUUCAUGAAAUCGAGAUCGAAGCAGUCGGUCUAGUGUUCUGACGGCUUUUCCUGUUUGAUUAGGUCGAGCUUCGAUCGUCAAGGACAAUGAAGAUCGGCUGCUUUCCGUGUUGCGUGGCGGAGGGGUCUUUCAGUCGGAGAUCGGCCAAGGAGAGCAUUCAUGAGUAUAAACAGUCCAAAGCCCUAGGCUCCUUCGCUAGAAUCUCCUUCAAGUCUGAUAGCAGCAAGAGGCGGUUCAUUGCCGAUGAGAUAGCCAAGAUGGGAAAAGGGAAUAUUACUGCUGAGAUUAUGGCAUUUCAAGAACUGCGUGAUUCAACUCAGAACUUCCAUCCCAUGCUCUUGGUGGGUGAAGGCGGCUUUGGGCGGGUUUACAAAGGCUUCAUAGAGAGAUUGAAUAAAGUAGUGGCUGUUAAACAACUUGACAGGAAUGGGUUCCAGGGAAACAGAGAGUUCCUUGUGGAAGUGUUGCUUUUGAGUCUGCUUCACCACCCUAACCUUGUCAAUUUGGUUGGAUAUUGUGCUGAUGGUGAUCAGAGGAUAUUAGUGUAUGACUACAUGCCCAAUGGAUCUCUGGAGGACCAUCUUCUUGAGUUGCAUCCAAACAAGAAGCCGCCUCUGGACUGGAAGACGAGGAUGAAGAUUGCAGAGGGGGCAGCAAGAGGUCUGGAGUACUUGCACGAAGCAGCCAACCCCCCUGUGAUCUACAGAGACUUCAAAGCAUCCAACAUACUACUGGAUGAGGAAUUCAAUCCGAAGCUUUCGGAUUUUGGGCUGGCCAAGCUGGGGCCGACCGGCGACCAGAGCCAUGUUUCCACCAGGGUUAUGGGAACCUACGGCUACUGUGCUCCGGAGUACGCUUUGACAGGUCAGCUAACGGUCAAGUCUGACGUGUACAGCUUUGGAGUGGUGUUCCUGGAGAUCAUCACUGGGAGGAGAGUCAUCGAUAAUUCGAGACCAAGUGGAGAACAGAAUCUCAUCAACUGGGCACAGCCUCUGUUCAAGGACAAGAGCAAGUUCACAAUGAUGGCGGACCCCUUGCUAGAAGGGAGGUACCCAUUGAAGGGGCUGUACCAGGCGCUUGCAAUAGCCGCAAUGUGCCUGCAGGAGGAAGCCUACGUUCGGCCAUUGAUGGGCGACGUCGUCACGGCCCUCGAGUUCUUGUCUUCCGGUUACAGAGACGACGACGUCGACAAUCAUCAUCAAGUUGAAGACUAG